AUGUCUCACGAAGGUCAAGAAGAAUUAUUGGAUUAUUCGGAUUCUGAAGAAAUCGCCGUUCAAACUACCAACCAAGUUGCUGGUAAUGAAACUGAAGCAACAACUGGUGCCAAUGAUAAAGAAGCUGACAAAAAAGGUUCUUAUGUCGGUAUUCAUGCCACUGGUUUCAGAGAUUUCUUAUUGAAGCCUGAAUUAUUGAGAGCGAUUGGUGAUUGUGGGUUUGAACAUCCUUCUGAAGUCCAACAAGUUUGUAUUCCACAAUCCAUUUUAGGUACUGAUGUUUUAUGUCAAGCUAAAUCAGGUUUAGGUAAAACUGCUGUUUUCGUUUUAUCUACAUUACAACAAUUAGAUCCAAUUCCAGGAGAAAUUUCUACUUUAGUUAUUUGUCAUACUAGAGAAUUAGCUUAUCAAAUUCGUAAUGAAUAUGCUAGAUUUUCUAAAUAUAUGCCAGAUGUUAAAACUGAAGUAUUCUAUGGUGGAACUCCAAUGAAGAGAGAUAUUGAAAAAUUAAAGAAUAAAGAUACUUGUCCACAUAUUGUUGUUGCUACCCCAGGUAGAUUACAUGCUUUAGUUGAAGAAAAACAUAUUAGAUUAAAUAAUGUUAAAUCAUUUGUUAUUGAUGAAUGUGAUAAAGUUUUAGAAUCUCUUGAUAUGAGAAAAGAUGUUCAAACUAUUUUUAGAGCAACACCCCAUCAAAAACAAGUUAUGAUGUUUUCUGCUACUUUAAGUUUGGAAAUUCGUCCUGUUUGUAAGAAAUUUAUGCAAAGUCCUUUGGAAAUUUAUGUUGAUGAUGAAGCUAAAUUAACUUUACAUGGUUUACAACAAUAUUAUAUUAAAUUAGAAGAAAAGGAAAAGAAUAGAAAAUUAUCUGAUUUAUUAGAUUCUCUUGAAUUUAAUCAAGUGAUUAUUUUUGUUAGAUCAACUCAAAGAGCUAAUGAAUUAAAUAAAUUAUUAUGUGCUUGUAAUUUCCCAUCAAUUGCUGUUCAUUCCGGUAUGCCUCAAGAAGAAAGAAUUGAAAGAUAUAAAUCUUUUAAAGAAUUCAAUAAAAGAAUUUGUGUUUCAACUGAUGUUUUCGGUAGAGGUAUUGAUAUUGAAAGAAUUAAUUUAGCUAUUAAUUAUGAUUUACCAAAUGAAGCUGAUCAAUAUUUACAUAGAGUUGGUAGAGCUGGUAGAUUUGGUACUAAAGGGUUAGCAAUUUCUUUAGUUUCAACUAAAGAGGAUGAAGAAGUUUUGGAAAAGAUUCAAAGUAGAUUUGAUGUUAAAAUCACUGAGUUCCCAGAAGAAGGUGUUGAUCCAUCUACUUAUAUGAACACUUAG